GGAUUUUAUUUAUACAUGUAACUAUGAAUCAUGUGAGAGCAAAAAUAAAGGUGAAAAGCAGCUUAGCGAAGCAUGUAACCAUAAUUUCCAAAAACCAUGCCAACUGCCUUGCCCCUUAUCCCUGGCGCCUUCUCCAGCGUCGCUGCGCCUUCUUCAUUCCCUCCAACGCCCCGCCAUUCAAAAUGCCAUGCUUCCCUCAAACCUAAAACACUUCCCCUCUCGCGCAGAGACGCUGGUUUGCUUCUACUCCUCUCUCUGUCUCCUCCUUCACCUGCCUUCGCCAUUGGCAUUUCUGGACCUAAGGAUUGGUUGAAAGAGCAAAAGAAGAAGUCUUCCAAAUUCCUGUUGGCUCCAGUCGAUGCCUCCCGUGAAAGCUUACGUUCUGCCUAUCUUUUGCUCUUGGAAAGCGAUGCUGAUUACACGGACCAGGAUUUUGAGAAAUUUCAGAAUCUCUUCAGGUCGGCUGCUAGGGAUUGCGUUCCGCAGGAGAGAAAUUCUUUCGUCUCUUUCCAGGCUAACACUGGAGUUGAGGUAUGCACAUUUCGAUUGAUCGUGAAGAAUGCGGCCUCAUUGCUUGGAAAUAAGGAUCCUGUAAAGCUGAAAGCCGAAGCCUUGCUGGAUGAUCUCAUAAGAUCUUUCACCUUUGUCAGUGGCCUGGCAGGCGAAACCACCUAUAAACUUGCUUCUAAUAGAAGAAAGAUAGCAGAUGCUGUAGAGGGUACACUAUCUUCUCUCGACAAAUUUGAGCAGGGAAUCAAAGAUUGCCUUGAAAUCUGACUGCUAGGGAUAGCCGGUAUUUCUGCUUGACUGCUUCUACUUCCUUAAGGUGGAAAGUCCAAGUUCUGAAGAUCACGGAACUGAUGGAAGUGCCGUUUGGCUAUAUUAUAUGCACUCUCUCUCUCAUCUGUUAAUGUUUAAUAUCUGGCAAAGGCAAAGUGGCCAUGCUGUGACAGGCUGGCAUAUAAUCUAUUAAUUUUGGUUAAGAUCGAUUGAAAAAAGAAAAAUUAUCUAGCCUCAUGAGGUUCAUAGUUUCUUUAUCAAACAUUUGAAACUCUUAAGUGUUAGCUAUAACUCACCGCCUGACUAAAGAAGGUUUGAGAAUCAAAUUUUUGCCAACAUUAAUUGUCCCUUCUGCCCAGGUAGUUAAUUUCUGGCGCAUGUGUCUUGUAUCGUUAUCACAGUAAUACGAAAACAUAUUUUAUAACUAGUUGUGAAACAUAAUUUGACUAUAUUUUUAGCCUUUGUUCUCUUUUGAUCUGGGAUGACAUCGUCUCUGGUCUACUAGUCUUGUUGAGAAAUUGCUGAUAACUUUGAUUGCUUAAUAUUUUUUGCAUGCAGGCUACAUUCAUAAACUGUAAAUAUUAAGCAUUCAGUCUUUAAUGGCUUCAAAGAUCCGGAAUGAUUCAUAAAAAUCAGCUCAGAAUCAGAAAGAUAAAGGAAGAGGUGCAUUUCCCCUAACUUAGCAGUGUUGCGUCAUUUUGUUUGAUCCCGUGCGCAUGUCCUGUUUUAUUGCUUUUGAAUUUGUUUUAAUUAAAUUAUUAAUGACGUAUAAAUAUUAUCACUUGUUAUAAAUGAUGUUAUAUAUCGAUAUUGAUUUGCAUAUAAUGAUUGUAAAUUGAUUUUAAAGAUGCUCAAUGUGAUGCGUGGCACAUCGUGGA